CACGUCUCUUGUCUGCUUGGUUCCAGUGCUUGGGAUCCCACCUGGUCUUAUUUCAGAACCUUAUCGUCCCUGGAUUUAACGCGCUUGGAGCCGGUUGUUGCACUUCUGCAUCUUGAAUCACACUCCGGUGCUGUUGGCAAGGCGCUACUGCUUCUGCUUCGUCUUUGCUGCUUCUUGGUGCGGGGCCUUACUGUUGCACCCUCCAAGACCUCCUCGCUUUCUGAUCUAAUUUCGUUUAUCCUCCUCCUUCCUCUCUUCCUCCCUCUUCCUCUUCCUCUUCUUCUUCUUCUACUACUGCUCCUCCGCCGUUGUGUUUGGGGGCCUUCGCCAUGCUCGCAACCCCCAUGACCCCGCAAGCAUCCCACCCUUCGUCUUCCUCCAACAUGGUCUGCAGUCUGGCUUCGACUGCAACCACCACCACCUCCUCCUCUUCAUCCGCCUCAUCCACCAGUGCCACACAACAACCUACGAUAUCAUCCCGACCGAAGCUGACUCUUCAAACUUCCUCUCUUCCCCGAACCUUUGGCACAUCCUCAACGGGGUUGUCCCUCUCUCUCGCAGCCGGAACGGCAUCUCCCACCGUCCGCAAUACCUUCAAAAAUGCCUAUGAGGUCACCGGCCCUUCUUCCGCUACUGCCUCUCCGUCAUCCAAACACCCAUCCAACCAACGCUUCAGCAAACCAUCCUCUCCAUUUACCACACACAACCCAUACCAACUCCCACUGGGGGUGAAGAGUAUUCUGCGAAACUCGCCGCUCGAGCCGACCUGCCGCCGACGGGCUGGAUCGGUGGCCACCACCGGGCCGAAUGGUGGACCGAGCGCGCGCCGCGUCUUCUUUCCCGCGAAGAAGCAGGUCAGCUAUCGCAAUCCUCUGGAAGAGGAAAUCCAGACCGUGCACUACACGGCACGCCACUCCGAUUUACACGAGGAACCUGAACCUGCCCUCGAACCUCAACCUCAACCUCAGCAACCAGAGGUGACCUCAUCAGAUGAGGACUCGGAUUCAAACGCCAGCGGGUGUCCCUCGGAUUCCAGCACUUCCGAAGAUGAGCCCGAGGCCGGCUUAGGGAAGACGACAUCGUCUCCCAUUAAGCGGAAGAAGCGCAAACAUUCCAAUGCCGAGAGGCAAGUCCGGGCAGUGGCCUUGAUGGACGGAAUCGCGGGACCCAGCAACCCAGGCAGCCUGACACCACAAACGCCGCGCAGGAAGCGAGCUAAACGUCGCUGUGAAUGGCGAUGGACCCUGGGACCGUUAGAGAACCGUGACAAACUGCUUCAUCCCGUCCAGGAUGAGACGGGUUUAACAUCAUCCGCGUCCCAGCCUGAAACGAUACCACACGAGUCCGAAACGGAGACCCCGUCUUCCGACCCUCCGCUGUCCAGCGCCAGUACCACACUCUACCACUCCAGCCCCAGUUCAUCUGUCUCGUCGGAUGUGGAAACAGAAAAUGACGAGUGGCAGACGCAUACCACCCACGAACUUGAAUGCGCACAUGCCGAUCAAUGACGAUAACCCAUGCUUGGUUACGAACCCCCUUGCAUUGAUGAUCACGAAUUAUGCAUAUAGAGGCAGAUGAACCGCAGCAUACCCCAU